AUGUUCUCUCAAGACUUCGACUUGGAGGUCGGCGACAAUUUCGAUUUUGAUCAUGUCGACCAGGUCAAUAGCAAAUUUCUCGAUUUCAACUCAUCUCUGGAUGCAUGGGAUGGUAGAACUUCGAUUCCCAUGGAUAUCCCGACGGCAGCGAUUUCAUUACCCAGCGGCCCAACUCCGAUUACGGCCAGCGCACCGGACACUGCAACAGAUACAUUUGACCUGGAAAUGGUCACUGCCGCUGCCCACAAUGUAAUUGCGACUACCGGCGCAGCUGACCCUUUAUAUUUUGGUACGUCUUCGAGCACCCCCAUGGCAUCGCCCUUGCCAGCACUUGAACCCCAAUCGGUUCACAACGAGAAUAUUGACUACGAACUUGCCAGCUUCAUGGAAACGAACCAAAUUGCAUCCCAAAUGCCAGUGCAGCUGGGCCAUUGGAAUUCUGCUUUCAGUCUGAGGAAUAAACCCAUCUCGUCCGCCGAGCUAGCACAGAGCCUCCUAUCCCCAAUAUCUGCUGCCCCCCAUGGUCGUCCUCUCCACAAAUUGAGGCGUGGCCGUGGGAAAGAUGGGUCAAGGGAUGACCCAAAUGAGUUCUACUGGAGACUCCCGGGGCCUCCCCCGUCGUGGGCUCAUGGGCGUAGUGUCUUCCACUAUACUUGUGAUGGGGAGCUCAAUCUCCUCUACAAGUUUGACGAGGUGGCAUUUCUGGACUACCUGACACAGCCCGAGCUUGUGCUUCUAAUCCAGAGAACCCCUACACUGCACAAUCAUCGCUACCCCAAUUAUCUCCUAUCACCCAAGUGUAGAUUCCGCCAAUGCCGCGCCUUACACCGCACCAUUAAUCGUGGCGAAUUCCGCGUUGCCCUCAGCGAGCAUCCCUCCUUGUACGGUGGCAUGCUUGACCCUUUCCACUGCGCCGGGUAUGUGCAUCUUUACUGCCUGGAGUCUAUACUGGGGGUUCGCAGAAUGGUAGAGCUCCAUGAACAAGAUAGAUUGGUUGUUCAUACUCAUAGUCUUCCCAUGGAGGAGAAGGAUCCAAUGUACAUCAUGGGGGUGCCAGAUGAAGCUGGCCCAUAUAGCCGCUAUAUAAAAUGGUUCGAUCUCGCAAAGAGCUGGGUCAACAACACUCUCCAUGAGCCGGUAGAAGGCGACAAAACACUAAAUUGGUACAUGGCCAAGGGGGUGGUUGAGUCACAACUCCCCUUUCAACAGAGACAACGUCAAAAACGCGGGUUGGCCGAUUUUGCCAAGCACAUGGGUAACCCAGAAGAGAAGCUCCGCCUACGGUGUGCGAACAAGGCGGCGAAGGCUGGCAAGCCGCGACAAGAGGAGGCUCACGGCAGGACCCAUGGCCGAGAAUGUUCGCAGGGCGGUUCCAGGAGCCGUUCAAAGUCGCCGGUCCGUGAAACGGGACGAACAGCCGACCGCCGACUGCGCGACGAACCGCCACUGGGAAAACCUGAUAAAGAUGACGAAGUUGACGAAGAUGACGAGAACUAUGCUCUGGAUGGCCACCCAAAUGCCGAGCUCUAUUAG